CGAACCCGUCGGUCGUUGUGGAGACGGGUCGGAUCCGCCCAUCUCGUGCAGGUUAUCAGUUGACCCAAACAAUCGGACACCACACAACAUUCCUUUGUCUGUGAAACCAGAUCCAGGACCACAAUGGGGUUCGGUGAUUUUGAUUCGAUAUGCGAGAAGGCCCCGUUGCCGUUAUGCUCCUUGGUGGGCCCGCCGUCGUCAAUAUCGGGUUCGACGGGCAUCAUACCGAACUGUUAUGCGCGCAACAUUGAGCUGGCCAAUACCAUCAUCUUCGAAGGCGCCUCUUGCUUCCUUCAUAUCAUCGCGUUGGGGAUGACGGUGAUUAUGAUUUUACAUGUCCGGUCUAAGUUCACUGCUGUCGGUCGCAAGGAGAUCAUUACGUUCUUUUACAUCUACAUGACUCUAACCAUAUGUUCCCUGAUCCUUGAUGCAGGAGUGGCUCCACCUGGGAGUGGUCCGUUUCCUUACUUUGCUGCUGUGCAAAAUGGACUGGCCUCCGCACUCUGCACAUCCCUGCUCAUCAACGGAUUUGUUGGCUUCCAACUUUACGAGGAUGGAACCAUUCUUUCUGUUUGGCUCCUGCGGCUUUCGUCCGCGGCAAUGUUCGCCAUUUCCUUCCUGGUUUCUCUCGCGACUUUUAAGGCGUGGGGAGGCCUUGGCCCCACCAACACCGUCGGCAUGUUUGUCGUCCUGUAUGUUCUGAACGCUAUCUGCAUCGCGGUGUAUCUUGUCAUGUCACUAUUACUGGUCAUGAACACGCUCGAAGACCGCUGGCCCCUAGGCCAUAUCGCUUUUGGUCUCGUGGUCUUCAUCUGUGGCCAGGUGCUCCUCUACGCAUUCAGUGACACGAUCUGUAACAGCGUGCAGCAUUAUCUGGACGGUCUUUUUUUUGCUACAUUUUGUAACCUUUUAGCGGUCAUGAUGGUCUACAAGUUCUGGGACUAUAUCACCAAAGAAGAUCUCGAAUUUUCUGUCGGGAUCAAGCCAAACACCUGGGAAGUCAAGGAACUUCUACCCGAUGAGGAUCGUCGGCAAACAGGGUACCCGGAUGCAAGUUCGGAGUAUGCCGGGAGCAUGUAUCAUCAUCGGACGUCGACCUAUCACGGCCAGAAUUAUUAGCCUAGGUCGGUUUAUUCAUUCCUUCAACGUUCCACGCCAUGUCAGAUGCUUCUUCCGCCCGUCCGUCCGUCGCCGAUGUUUUAGCUUUUCCAUCUUAAAUUUCACUUCAACUACUGCAGUCUCAUGUCAUCAUUACCGAAUCUAAGCAUAAUCCAACAAUGUGGGUACCUCCGAGCGAUUUAAGUUGACAUUGGUUUUAUUUCUUUUCUCUUUUUUUUGAACAUAUUCCGAAACCUGUCCUAUAGGUCAGUGGAGGGCGUGGAGCGAAAGCGACC